GAUCCGAGUCAGCCAAGGCAAAGAGCCCGCACAUUUACUGAGCUUGUUCAAAACCAAACCGCUUAUUGUCUACAAGGAUGGGACUUCCAAGAAGGAAGGUCAGAAACCUGCUCCACCCAUGCGACUCUUCCAAAUCCGCAGGAACCUGGCAGCCAUUACCAGGAUUGCAGAGGUUGAUGUUGAUGCAAUGUCACUAAACUCCAACGAUGUCUUUGUUCUGAAACUGCCAAACAACUCUGGCUACACCUGGGUAGGAAAAGGAGCAAACAAAGAAGAGGAACAAGGAGCUCAAUACAUUGCCAGUGUUCUUAAAUGCCAGACUGCUAAGAUUAAUGAAGGCCAGGAACCAGAGGAAUUCUGGAAAGCACUUGGAGGUAAAAAAAAAUAUCAGACUUCAUCGCAACUCUUGACAAAGGAUGAAAAUCAUCCCCCUCGCCUGUAUGGUUGUUCUAAUAAGACUGGCAGAUUUGUUAUUGAGGAGGUCCCAGGAGAAUUCACUCAGGAUGAUUUGGCUGAAGAUGAUGUCAUGUUGCUGGAUACUUGGGAGGAGGUUUUUGUCUGGAUUGGGAAGGAUGCUAAUGAAACUGAGAGACAGGAAUCCGUUAAAUCUGCCAAACGCUAUAUUGAAACGGAUCCUUCUGGCAGAGAUAAGGGGACCCCCAUUGUAAUUGUGAAGCAGGGUUACGAACCCCCGACAUUCACAGGCUGGUUCCUGGCUUGGGACUCCAACAAAUGGAAGAACUGAUCUAUCCAAGGAGGCUUCAGCUUCUAACCAAAGAAUGACCAGACCCCAGCUGUUUUCUAAUAUUUUUAAGCAUAAGCUUAUGCAACUUAAGCAUAAGCAGAUGUGAUAUGACGCAUCUGUUGUUACACUUUCCUAAGCUUUGAUAUAUUU